UCUCUCAUUAAUACCAUAUUUUCUUGGGCAGACACGCAGAGACAGUAGUGUGAAGAAGUAGCCAGAAGGAUAAUAUACCUUCGCGAUUCUUGACAUUUCUUCAUUCUCAACUUUCAACAAACACUCAAUUUCCUCUUCCUUCACCGAUUCUCGCCGCCUCCGCCACCGCCACCUCCACCGCCACUUCGCCGUCACUUUUUGGCGCUUUUUCAACGAUUCCUCUGAACCACCGACAACCAGAGCUGACUGGAUCCGCAGGAGAAAAGGAUAUUAUAUGGACAUUUACGCAGGAAAAAGUUUGGAAUGCCAGAAGACUAUGGAUGGGAGGGAGAAUGAUGACAAUGGUUUGGGCCAGGCUAUGGCUAUCCCAUCUUGUUGCCUGAAAGCUAGGGCAUCCGCUCCUGAGCUUGACGCCAAAUGCCACUCUACGGUUGUUUCUGGAUGGUUCUCUGAGUGUCAGUUGUCCUCAGCUGAUACUGUGAAAGAAGUGUUUUUUAACAACCCAAUGUGGCCAGGCGAAGCACAUUCUCUGAAAGUUGAAGAAGUCUUGUUCAAGGAGAGGUCUUUGUUCCAAGAAGUUUUGGUUUUCCAGUCAUCAGGAUAUGGGAGGGUGCUUGUGCUCGAUGGCAUUGUUCAGUUGACGGAGAAAGAUGAAUGUGCCUAUCAGGAGAUGAUAGCCCAUCUCCCUCUUUGUUCCAUUGAAUCACCAAAGAAUGUUUUGGUGGUAGGUGGUGGUGAUGGAGGUGUUCUUCGCGAAAUUGCCCGCCAUAGGUCUGUGGAGAAGAUUGAUAUUUGUGAAAUUGAUCAACUGGUGAUUGAUGUAAGCAAAAAAUUCUUUCCAGACUUAGCAAUUGGUUUUGAGGAUCCUCGUGUGCAUCUUCAUGUUGGUGAUGCUGUUGAAUUUCUAAGGCAAACUCCUGAAGGAAAGUAUGAUGCAAUAAUUGUCGACUCAUCAGAUCCUGUGGGUCCUGCACAAGAGCUCGUGGAGAGGCCAUUUUUUGAGAACAUUGCAAGAGCAUUAAGGCCCGGUGGAGUUCUCUGUAACAUGGCAGAAAGUAUGUGGCUUCAUACACAUCUGAUUCAGGAUAUGAUUUCUGUAUGCCGCGAAACAUUCAAAGGUUCCGUUCGUUAUGCAUGGACUAGCGUUCCUACAUAUCCGAGCGGGGCUAUAGGAUUUCUGCUAUGCUCGACUGAGGGGCCACCUGUGGAUUUCGCACACCCUAUCAAUCCUAUUGAAAAAUUGGAGGGUGCGAUCGGGUAUAAGAGGGAACUUCAAUUCUACAAUUCUGAGAUGCAUCGAGCUGCGUUUUCAUUACCGAGCUUUGUCAAGAGGGAGGUGGAAGCUCUCCGGGACUGACUGCUCUCAAUGUAUGUUCGAAAUAAAGGCGGCGGCCGCCGCCGUAAUUUGAUUUGUGUUGAAUUAUUGUCUGUCUAUCCCUGGCAGUGUACAAGUUUUAGAGACCAUUUGUGUAAUGUGUAGACGCAGCACUAUUUUUAGACUACCAUGGCAAGAAUAUUGAAGUUGAAACCUUCCAUUGCAAGUUUAUUUUCUGAA